AAUAUGAGUGAGUUGCGACAAUCUUUGCAUGUAUCUGUCGACGUAUAGACGUUUUUUGUGAGCUCAGUGAUUCAAUAUGGCUGCCAGAAUUUUAGUGUUUCUUUUGUUGUGCCUUUGUGGAGUGCAGAGUGAUGGAAAUAUUGGUGCAGAUCUAUUCUGCAUAGACCCGGACGACAGCUCGUCACAUCCCGUCAACUCAACCUGGCUAUCGUCUACAUUCUGCGGAAAAUAUACGUGCAAAAUACGGAAAAAACAUCAAAACAAUACAAGAGGUAUUUUACCAAAAGAUGACAGUAAUUCUAUACCAGAUAGUAUUAAACCAAUUGAUAUUAAUAACUUAAGAAAUGACCAAUCUAUGGAUCAAAGUCAUGCAGGCAGCGAUACACAAGUGGUUUAUGCCAAACCACCUGCGAAUAUGUCCCCGUACCCUAUUUUACAUAAAGAAAAGAAGUUGAACACCGACAAAGAUAAAACGAGUACAAUCAAAUAUAUUCACGAGAAAAUUAUGAACUCAAUUCAUGAAAAAGAUGAUCGGUACCUAACAGAGGGGGAAAUCAAUACGAUAUCAGAGCUCCUGCAUACAGUCAAGAAGAGUGACUUGGAAACUAUGGCGGAAAUCUACUCACUAGCCAAAGAUAUAUUCAAGGAAAUGGACGCCAAACCAGACCAGGAAGAACUGUCUAAAGUAGAAGAUGAAGUUAAUAAUAAAAUUUACGAAAGCACAAAAUCGAAGUCUGUGCCAGUACCGAAAAAAACUUCUUACUUCUACGAGCCGCUGGUGCAAAAGAAUUCUUAUGAAAUGAAAGACAUGGCGUCGCAUACAGUUCCUUCAGUAAUACCGACCCCUGCUCCAUACGUCCCUCACCCCGUUGCGCACGCAAUGCCAUACUACAACCAGAUAAACUACCAACCACAGCCAUACCACCCUUACGUGCCAAUACCGAGCCCUAUCCCACCGCAAUCUAACAUCCAGAACACUUACUCUUAUAGACAUCCAAUCACUGCUCCUCCUUACAUCAACACAAAUAAUUACCACAGAGAACAUAACAGCUCUUGCUCACACUUUCCAUUCACUCAUGGAGUUGUGAAGACACCUUUCCCCGUAGAACCAGCUGAGGUGAACCAAAAACCUGCUUUGAUGCCGUAUCCAUUCAGUUAUGUUUACCGGCACGAUCUGCGUCCACAAUAUGUUUACUACAAUCCUUUUGAGCAAUUUGAUAAUCGAAACCCUCCUGUGCCAAGCUAUGCAGCCCAACCAGAUUCAAAUCAACAGAAUUAUGCUAAACCUUUUCAAGCGCCCAAUGUUAACGCGGUGGCAAAAGAUAUAGAUGACGAUGUGGAAACAGACAUUAAUGAUGUCGACAGUGAUGAAGACUUAGUUCAAAGAAUACUGCCAACAUACAAGAAAUCCCAAGACAGAAAGUUACAGCCAUGGCAGACAGAAGAGCUUUCCUCGCAAAUUUUGAAUGAUAUUAGAGCAAAUUUGACGAAUAAGAAACCGAGUAUAUUCCCUGUUAAAAAGAUGCGGUUAGAAAGAAUUGGGAAGGUGAUCAAAUUGGAUGACUUCUUGAGGGUUAAGAGGUCUGUUAACGCAGACGACGAAAGAGAAGAUUCGAAUGAAGAAUAUGAAGCGUUUGUCGAUAAAAUCACAUGUCCGAUAUCUACAGAGCUGGGAUUCUUCAGAAUGGGCGACCUGAGUUUGCCAUUCCCCGAAUGUUGCCCGCAGAAAAUCGCCACUCACACCAACACAUAAGGUUCAUAAUUCAACAACACUGUAACUUUUGAUAAAAUGAUAAAUAGUGAUAGUUCCCGUUUUUAGUAAUGUUUAUUUAUUUAUUUUUAAUUUAAAAGUAUGAUUCAAAUGUAAACAAAAGGUACCUAAUCGCCCAUCUUUUGGCAACGUACGCAACGGACGAAAGCAUUCAGUAUUCUAUGACUAGAAAUUCACAAAUGAGAGCGUCCACUUCAUCGACAUUGCCGAUGCCGAUGCCGUUUCUACAUACAUUUAUGACAAUCCGUUUGGUACGAUACGUACGAUACCAAUAGGUGGAUGGUUGCCAUAAUUGGCAGGUCAGGUAAUAUUCAAUUAAAUACUUACUGUAAUGCCUAAUAAUGAAUGUGCUUGAAAUAACAGACAUAAAUGUAAACAUAAUAAUUAUGUGUAUUAUAUUUCAUACGGUGUAUCUAUCCUGUAACUCUUUAUUAUUUAUAAAUUUAUAAUAAUGAAAAAACUUUUAUAAAUUACAGUUAGAUUAAUAAGUAAGUAAGUUAGCUAAGUUAUUUAUAAAAUGUUAGUCUAAGUUUGUACAUAGUAAUAAUUUUCUACAUUUAUAAUUAAAUAAAAGACAUUA